UGUUCGAUGGUGUAGUGCAUGGAACUUGGGUUUCGGAUCAGAAAAUUGAGGCUGGUACUUGUGUGGAGGUUAAGGAAGGUGAGACUUGAAGGAUUGGUGGUUCAACUAGGAUCUAUAGGCUGCACUGGAUUCCACUGAGCCACGCGUAUGAUAUGGACAAUCCAUUUGUUUCACCGCUGGAUAUAUACGCAGCUAAGGAGCAAGAGGAAGAGAGUGGAGUGCUUAAUGCGGAUAAUGUGGAAGUAACGAUGAGGAUGGAAAACUUGUGCCCGUUGAAGGUGAAACUUCGCAACUGGAUUGGACUUCAGACCGAAGUGGUGCUUCUAUCCCUAGUGAGGAUCCAGUGUCAACUGAGAAGGAGACUUCGUCAUUUCCACUUGCAUCUCCGAGUGAAAUGCCACUUCCUGGCCAUUCCUUGGAGAUGCAAAAACAGCAGAUCUGUGGAGAUGUACAGGCUUCGCCAAAUGUUGUUACCGUCACUGAAGACGUUGAAGUAGACAUUCCAAAGCAACAGAAUGGUGGCUGCCCCAAAGCCUUGUGUGGUUCUUCAUUUGCAGAACUGGCUGAAGAUGCUGAAAGUAGGAGCCUUUGCGGAGAAGACAAUGGAGAAACUGAUGUUUUCUCGAGGCAAAUCAUGGAAGCAUCUGCUAGUUUGUUUGCUGAAACUGGACCUCUUUUGGAAAUUAAAAUCAAAGACAUCCGAGGCUUGGUCUCAGGCUGGCAGCCGCUUUUCGAGAUCCUGAGUGAAUUGGUAGAUGAGGCUAACAAUCAAAGCCUCCACCAAGAAGAUAAUGGAGAAACUGAAGUUGUCUCGAAACAAAACAUGGCAGUAUCUGCCCAAUAUUUCACUGCGACUGAAACCCUUUUAGAAACCAAAACAAAAGUUAUCCAAGGUCCGUUCUUGGGUUGGCAGCCACUUUCCGAGAUCCAGAAUGAACCAACCAAACUGGUUGAUAAUCAGAGUCAUCAUCAAGAAGAUGAUGGAGAGAAUGAUCUUAUCUCAACGCGAGGCAUGGCAGUAUCUUCCUGUUCAUUUCCUGAAUUCGUACCCUUUCAGGGCCCAUCCUUGGCUUGGCAGCCAUUGUCAGAGGGUGUGAUAUGCGAGACAGUGAAAGAGUUCUACGAGAGUAUAGUGAACCCUUUCUCCGAGAGGUUCAUGUUGGCAGAGAGCUCUCCCAGGGGUCGGAAUUGGUGUUGUCUAGAUGAGGACGACGUUGUCUUGAGGGAAAGAUACAAUGACCGAAGCUUCCCUUUCAAGAAGAAAGAGUUGUACAGUGCAAAGGGCUUGAAGCUCAUAUUGCUUCACAACUCUCACUACUAUCGCCACAACUCGUAGGCUUUUAUCGCCAACCAACAGUUCACUAAAAUCUUCUGUUUUACAUGAUCGUUUCCUAUAAUCAUCUCCAAGAAGAAACUGAAAUGAAGACAACUUGUGCAUGUGUCCGUUCGUGUGUAACUUAGAAUCUUCGCAUGAUCACCGCCAUGUCAAGCUACAUCGGAUACGACAUCUACAGCCACUCCGAACUACGGAAAUUGCUGAUGAAAUCGGAAGACAGCCAGACUUCCAGGGGCUACACAAUGUAGAAACCCAUAUUCUUGAUUCUUUUUUCCAGGUGAAAACUGGGAUCGUAGUUGUGGCAGAGGAGAAGAGAUGUUAUGGAGAUUUUGCAGAUGGGCAAAAACGGCAAGGCGUUCGUGAUGUUUACGUGGGCUUGGCUUUAGAGACGGCAGGGCAGAUAACACACUUCAAAUCCUUCUUCAUCAUCCUUUUUGCGCUUAGUCAGAAAACAGAAAAGUUAAAAGCAGAGCAGAGGUCUUCGUGACGAUGGCUCCCAAGGUCACAGCCAUGGCGGCCACUAGACCUCUCUACCCAGUAUCUUGCUUAUUCCUCUCCUUCUCUCUCGUCUUCGUUUCCACUUCCAUCAAAUCCGGCCCGAAUCCGAAGAUCUUCGAUGAAAACGGCAUCAAUGUAUAUGUCGCAGAGCUUCCGAGAUCCCUGAAUUAUGGUCUUCUGGAGAAGUAUUGGUCAUCUAGUCCAGAUUCUCGCAUACCCAGCGACCCGGACCACCCGACCAGAAAACCCGUUUGCCCAAGUCCGACCUUGCCCGGAGAAUCCGCUGAUCAGGCAAUAUAGCGCCGAGUACUGGAUUCUGGGCGACCUCGAGAAACGAACUGAGUCUUUCGAAGAGGGUUUUCAGGGAAUCCGAAGCCGAUGUGAUUUUCGUGCCUUUCUUCGCGAGAGAUGGAGCCGGGAAACGGGAAGGGUUCCUACAGGGAGAAGGCCGGGAACGAGGAUUACCGACAAGUGCUUGAUUUUGUGCUGAACUCUGAAGCGUGGACGGGAUCAGGUCUCUUGGUCGCAUUAAUCAAUUCGUAUUCACGAGGAACCACAAUUUUCCUUUUUCUAUUAUGGAAGGAGACGCCAUAGCUACCUGCAAGUUUCCAUUUUUGUUAAUUCAAAGUGGUAAAUUUCCUUCUUUUUUUUAAAUUUUCGUUUUUCAUAAGAUCAAAAACCCUAGCACCCCUGAAACUGCUUCUGCUUCUGCUUCCCCAUCGCCACUCGUGGUAAGCUUGUUCUCCUUUAUGUUCUCUCAUCCUUGUGCUUUGUCUGGUCUGUAUUAGAUUUUGCACGAGCCUUCUCUUUGGUUUUUGAAAUCUUUUGGAGCUGCUGAAAUUAUUUUGAUCCCUUCAAGUGCAAAAUAAGAAUUUGACAGCAAUCCGGAAUUCGAUAUUUGCUAACUUAGUUUUUUGAACCUGAAGACAACUUCUGAUAGUGCUCAUUUCUGUUUUCAGGUUGACAAAGUUUGAUUUCAGGUUUCAAGCAAUGGUUCGGAAAGAUGACUUCUCCUGCAAGAAAAUAUUCCCUAAGAUUGGGGGAGGCAGGGCAAACUCCACGAAGGAUAAGCUAACUUCUUCAUUCGACCUUGUUGAAGAAAUGCAUUUUCUUUAUAUAGAGAUUAACCGAGUCAUCAAUUGUCCUGCCGGUACAUGUUCGCCUUUUGUGGAACUCACCCUUGGAAAUUACAGGGCCUCGACAAGAACCUUACCUACAGGACCUGAUAUGGAGUGGAACCAGGCUUUUGCUUUCGACAAAACGAAAGGUGAUGUUUUGGAGGUUGUUCUUAAAGAUGGGCGAUCCCCGGAAUAUCGGGUCAUCGGGAAAAUUUCGUUCAAAUUGGUCAUUGAUAUCCCCACGAGAGUUCCGCCCGAUGCCCGUAUUGCACCACAGUGGUAUGCUCUUCCGGGCAGUGGCAAUGACUAUUCCGAUAGUCAAGUGGAACUGCUGAUGUCGCUUUGGUUCGGUACUCAGGCCGAUGAAGUGUAUUCAGUGGCUUGGUUUUCAGACACGUCGGGUGUGAGUGCAGACACCAUGAUCAAUACCCAUCCGAAGGUCUAUAUGGCUCCACGGCUUUGUUAUGUGAGGGUUCAUAUCGUCUCGGCCCAUGAUUUGAUUGCAACCGAUAAGAACAGGACACCACAGGUUUAUGUGAAGGCGGUUCUUGGGAAUGUGGCUCUGAAAACUAAAGUUGCUUCUGGUCCAAACCCGUCAUGGAAUCAAGAUCUUAUGUUUGUUGCAUCUGAUCCUUUACAGGGCACUGUCUUCAUCAGUUUGAUGGAUUGUCUCGACGAUGAACAUGAAGAAUGCAUAGGGAAACUAAAGAAGAAACUUUCAGAGAUGACUCCACUUAAGCUACCGGGGGUUGCACCUGCACUUUUCUACGACAUCGAGAUGCCAGGGAAGGUUGAACCCGUGGGUGUGAGGAAUUUCGCCAGCAAGAUCAAGAUGAAGUUGUCCACCGAACAAGCCUACCAUGUUUUCGACGAGUCAAGCCAGUUCUGUAGUGAUUAUCGAGCCUUUGCAAAAGCGUUGUGGUCAGGACAGAUCGGCACAUUAGAGAUUGGCAUUUUGGGUGCAACGGGCCUUCAACCGAUGAAAACAUGGACUGACGGGAAGAAAAGUGCGGACACAUACGUUGUGGCUAAGUAUGGAAACAAAUGGAUUAGGACAAGAACUGUGGUGGAUAGUUUGUCACCGAAGUGGAACGAGCAAUACACGUGGGAGGUUUAUGAUGCGUACACUGUCGUAACCUUUGGCUUGUACGAUAACUGUCAGAUCUUUGGCUCUAAUAUUCCUACAAAAGAUGUUCGGAUCGGGAAAGUCAGAAUUCGCAUCAGUUUGCUCAGAGCGGAUAAGAUUUAUGCUUGCUCUUUUCCGAUCAUAGAUUUAGGACGAAAUGGUGUGAAGAAGAUGGGAGAGAUUCAGCUUGCAGUGAGGUUCAAUAGAACAACGUCAUACUACAAUUGGAUAAAGUCCUAUUAUUCUUGGAUGCUCCCGAAAAUGCAUUAUAAAUCUCCGUUAUCGAUACUUCAGAUCGAAAAUCUGCGUCAGCAAGCUGUUCAAGCAACUUGCCAGAAUCUAGCACGGAUGGAGCCGCCAUUACGGAGUGAGGUCGUGCAAGAUAUACUACACGUCGGGGCUCAGAGAUGGAGCAUGAGAAAAGCCAAAGCCAAUUUCGAUAGGCUCUGCAAAGUAUUAGAAGGGUUUUUAACUGCGUACGUUUGGUUAAACAAUCAAAGCACAUCCACAGAAUGGGUUAUGAAGAUGGCGAUUGUCGUUCUCUGUGGUUUAUUUCUUUGGUGUCCGGAGAUUAUACCGUUACUGGCUCUUGGUGGAUGCAUCAUCAUCGUAAUACGGAAUUUAAUUGUCGAUUUCAACCGUCGGAAAGAUCCUUUUGCGAUCGAUGCAGAACUCUCCAAGCUCGACUUGGUUCACCCAGAUGAAUUGGACGAAGAGUUUGACACAUUCCCGUCCUCUGUAAUGGAUAUAAAUGUGCUUAGAAUGAGAUACGACCGACUGAGGAAGAUGAUGGAGAGGGUGACAACAUUGAUGGGGGACUUAGCUUCUCAAGGCGAGAGGAUUUGCUCGCUGAUGAGUUGGAGAGACGAACGAGCUACCUUUUACUUUUUUAUCUCAAGCCUCCCGAUCUGCCUUGUGCUGUACCAUAACAUGAUAUACUUUGGGUAUCUGACCAGGGUUUUGCUUCUUGUCUGGAUCAUCAGGUUAGUCCAGUUUCCAUGCCUACGCAACGACUUGCCGUCAGGGAUAAACAACUUCUUCAGAAGAUUACCGACCAGGGAAGAUAACCUCCUCUGAAACAUUAUUUUGUUUUCUUUGUCUUUUCCUUUACUCAUUUUUUACUCUUGUAGUGUUUUGUCUACGAAUAAUAAAAAGUACAAGGAUAAUGACGUAGCUGGAAUUUUGUCA